UGGGGGAACACCAGCGACUUCCGCUCAUAUUAGUUUGAAUUUCUGAGAAGCUGGGGCGAAGAGAUCGGCAGACCCGAUGUUCAACGCUUUUGCUCGGCUACAGAAGAAGCUACGCAUUCUUCCCACGCACGCUACGAACCAACACGCUAGCUGAUCGACGGUGCUUCUUGUUGUUGUCGUCCCUGUGUGACAGACAUGUCCACGCUGUUCCCUUCUCUCUUCCCCCGAAUAACCGAGUCUGUGUGGUUCAACUUGGACCGACCGUGCGUGGACGAGACCGAGCUGCACCAGCAGGAACAGCAGCACCAGACCUGGCUGCAGAGCAUUGCAGAGAAGGACAACAACUUGAUGCCAAUUGGGAAACCAAUUUUUGAGGCAGGAUAUGAAGAUGAGGAGGAAGACGAGGAUGAGGAUGAGGAAGACAGUGAGGAAGACUCGGAAGACGAAGAGGACAUGCAGGACAUGGACGAGAUGAAUGAUUACAACGAGUCACCUGAUGAUGGCGAGAUCAAUGAGGUGGACAUGGAGGGAGCAGACCAAGACCAAGACCAAUGGAUGAUUUAAGACAAAAGACAUUUUUCUUUCCAUUCAGUUGUCUGGCACUGGAUUUCUGCUCUCCUCUUAAAACAUGACUACUGCCCCUUGUACCAGGAUAUCCUUUAGAUGGAAGUUUGGUAAAUACAGCACAAGGCGCCUCAUGUCCAUCCGUCAUCAGCCUUGAAGGCUCCGGAUGUCAUUGGAGUCAUUGGACGUUGGAGUAGAGACACAUUUAACUGCUGCAAGGUCGUGGAAUAUUAAUGCAUGGAUUUUUCAAGGACAUGUCAUUUUUGUGUUAAUAUUUGUGGCCUGAAAAAUACAUGCUGUGAAACACACUAGGUUGAACGGUUUUGAAACCAGUCAGGCACAAAACCACACAGUGGCAGCAAUAGGCAUCAUGCCAGCGAUCUUUCUCUCUGUUGAAACUUUGACCUCAUCAUAUCUUCAGUCAUGUGCCACUUCUCAGAGUCUCAGCUGACUGAGCACAAAUUAUAGUUCAGUCAGCAAAAAAAUAUUUUACCUGUGAAGGAGACUUAAAGAUUCACCAAGAGUCCGGUUCUGUUUCAUAGCAGCAGUUGUGUUUAUGUUGUUCAUCUAUAUCAUACCCUCAGAAGAGCUUGUGAAAUAGUGUUAUAUUCAAUAGACAAUGUUCAUGUUUAAAAUCUUUUUUAACAAUGUUAAAGAUAAAAGCUUCCAUUAACUUUGAAGAAUUUUAAUGGAAAUAUGAAUAGACAGGGUGGCCACCCAAAGUUAUGUAGUGUUUAUUAAGUCUUUGAUGGUUGGAACUGAAUUGAAGGCCUUGACAGUUUGUAAUAAAUUAACUUAUUUUCAUUAAAUAAUUUUUUGUGUUGUUUGUUUUUAUAUUACAUUUUAGUUAUUAAUUAAUAAAGAAAGUAAAAUAUCA